AAGACGUAUUGAUGUAUCGAGAAAGUGUAAAGCCGGGUCGGGGACGUGAGAAAUGCAACUGUAGAUUGAUAGGCUUAUCGGCCCUAUCGGCGCGACCGUGACUUUAAUCGAAGAGGGAUGGACAAAAUAUUAUCUUAUUAAUAUUCUCCCUUCCGUCCCUUCUUUCAGUAAAAUAUUAAUCUUUUUAUUAGUCUUCAUGUCGAAUAAUUAAUAUUGGUAACAGGUGUAUACGAUUCGAUACUUAUUAACUUAACCUAUGAGGUGCUUGACAAAUAUGAUAACUUCUUUAAGAUCUAACAAGAUAUGAAUUUUAUAAGAUAUUAAUCUUUUUGGUCUAACUUUGACAAGUACAAGGAACUGGUUAUCUUUUAGUUAAAAGACGUAAGAUCACAAUCUUGUUAUUUAGCAUAACUGAUGCAAAUUAAGCAAUUUCUUGUGUGUUUAUACGACACGAUACAAAGUUAUCGAUUGUGGGUUAUCAACUUAAUGGCUCGUCAAGCGUUUUCCUCGUGUGAUAAAUUUUAAAAUAAGUGCAAAAAAUAUAACACUUUUCCCCGGUAUUAAGGAGAUUUUUAUCGGAGAGCAAAUAACAUGGAUUCACGUGAAGUAACGUUAAAAAUGAUUAAGGAUUUAUAACGCGGUAUUUUUAAUGGUUGAUAAAAUUAGUGGAAUCUAAUAAUAAUAGUGCGUAAGGAAUUUAGGAGGUCUGCCGAUGUCAAGAUCGGAUGAAACGCAAAAAGAAAGGUAAAUCCAAGGGCUCUACCGCACAUCCUUAGCAAGGACGGUGAGUGAAAAGAUCCAGAGAUCGAAGACCCUAGACAUGGUCUCGACAAUCGAUUUCAUUAAAGAAUAAUUUACAAAAUAACUAUAAUAUUCAUUCCAUUCUGCGUGAUUAGUAUAGACGAGAUUUAGAAAACUUACAAAUUUUAAAGUCGCAAAGGAAAGUGGAAAAUCAAGAACUACCAUUACCUACAUCCUUAGCAAGGAUGGUAUGUGGAAUGAUCCACGAACAAAACUCCAAAAUAUUCUCUUGACGAUUGAUUUCAUCAAAUUAUACCGUAAAAACUGACUAUUCUAUUAAACACCGAACUAAAAUAAGAAGAACUUUUUAACAAGGGAUUCAGACGGUGCGGCCUGCCGAUUUUAAGCUCGAAUCGACCGCAAAGAGAAAGGUAUAACCAUGAGUUACCACUACCCACAACCUUAGCGAAUAUGGCGCGCGGAAAGUUCCAGGGUCCAAAGGACUUAGACGUUCUCUUCGCCACUCAUUUUGUUAAAUAAUGACUUAAAAGAUUCUUAAAUCACGCGUUAAACGUCACAAGAAACAGGUAUAAUUAUCGUUGAAAAGAUUUAGACAGAUUUUAAGUUGCAAUCCAAGGCAAAAAGGAAGAUUAACCAUAAACAAUCAUUAGUACACUUUUAGCAAAAAUGGCGCGCGGAAAGUUAUAGGAACCAAACAACUGAAACAUUCUUUUGAUCACUACUUUUAUUAAAUAAUAACUUAAGAGAUUAAUAAAUUACUCUUUAAAUACGACAAAAAGCGCGUGUAAUUUUCGUGCAUGUAGUUUAGAUGAUCUAUAGAUUUUAAGCUUGAAUCUCAAAGACAAUAAAAAAAAGUCAUAACCAAAAGCGCAAUUGCAUCCUUAUCAAAGCUGGCGUACAGAAAAUUCUAGAAACAAUAAACUGAAAAAUUCUGUUUCUAAUUUGAUUAAAUAAUAGCGUAAAGGAUUACUGCGUUUUUCCUUAAGCGCAACGAAAUGAUGUGCAAUUUUUAUACAAGAGAUGUAAACGGCCUACUGAAUUUUAGUCCGAAUCAAAGGUUACGGACCAAGCACAAGGAAAAAGGUAUGCCUAACCAAGGAAUAUAUAAUUAAAAAGGAAGACGUGUGGGGAGGUCCUGAGAUCGAAAAGCUGAGACAUCCACUCGAUGGGCAAUUUCCGCGUGCGUGAUCGCGAUCGCGAAGCUUCUUAUAUAGUCAAAAGUUGCGUUGGCAAAAAAGUGUCCCGAUUAUAUGAAAUCAUGACGUGCAUAUCGACCGAAGUCCUUCCCCUUCAACUGACAAUUACGCCUCGCUAGUCUGCCACUUAAAGGUUUUUUUCGAAAAAUUCGCAAAUGAUGGAUUUCCUUUCCCUCGAGAAAACCUGAUUACUCGGAUUACGACCUGCACCUCCCCGGUGUAAAUGAAUUUCGCCUUCUAAGUGAGUGUUCGCAAUGUAUCACAUCUUUGGAGGUAAACGUGUUCUACUUCACCUACUACAUUAACUUCCCGAAGGCCGCACGCCACCAUAGGAAAUUCUAAAAACCCCUGUGCCCGUGCAUACCCUCGUUAUCAGUCGCCAUGAAUGCACUUUGAUGUAACGAUAAGUGUUAUUCGUUCACCGAUAUCUUCAAGAACGCUUUUAUAAAUUGUAAGGUACACCCAUUGUAUGAAAAUUGCCGUUAAUUGCACAAGUUCCAUUAGCUAUCACGAAAAAUCUGCCAUGGGUAUCUGUAUACACGUACCUAUGUGCACAUAUGUAUAAAGCUUCUUUAACCGUGAUUAAAUCGCGAUGUCUACUCUCGAAGCAUCAUCAUCGGUAUCUUCCGCCAAUUAAUGACUCUUUCCAAACGUCAUUUACGAGUAAGAGGAGCUGGUGAUUAAUAAUACGCUUUUAGUAAGAAGCAAUUUUGAGGGGCAAUUUUUAUUCACCUUUCAAUACCCAUACGUCCUUCGACCACUAACGUUAAUAAACGGAAUUAGUUUAUAUCAAAGUAUCCUGAACAUUUAUAUAAAUUCCUCAUUUAAAUAAAUUUUUUUUUUCUAAUUCCGCAAGGAAUACAUAUCCAAUUCUUGCCAGAAUAAAUCAUUUUGCAGUUUAAAAUAUCCUGAUUCGGAUAGAUAUCCAUUGAUUUCGAUUUUUUUUAUGCAGUUUAGACUCUUGCAGGAAUAUAUCCACGUAACCUUUUUCAUCGUAACCGCUCGGCGCCGUGAUAAUUAGUCGUGAUAAAGGUAUUCCGCAAUACGCAAAAUAUUCAGGCUCAGGAAUUUCGCAACAUGGAUGCCCGAGUUAAAUUGGAACAAUGCCUUUGCCCAGCGGUACGAUACGAGGUUGAAACGAUGUCGGAACAAACUUAAAGUUCAACGUCCCGCUUGUGUUUUAUCUGACCUUAUCAUCUGACUUCUUUAUUGUGACCCAUUUUAGUUUAUACGUUUGCAAUACUUCAUCGCGUAUGCUAAUUUCUUACGGAGAUGCGAUCGCGUUCGGCGGAGGAGAUUGAUGCGUCUUUCGAAAACAAAUCCCGUAAACGCUUCUGCUAAUGUCAUUUCGAUAGCUUAACUUGGCAAGUACAUUGAGCGUUUACCAAAUUAAGAAAAAAAGAAAAUCGAUUUCUUGACCUUCAGGCCUCGAUGGAUUAAAGUGGCAAAAGUCAUCACCAUUUUAUAUUUACUAAUUAUAUACCGAGGCCGAACAUUAAUUAGUGAUCCUUCGUUUCAGAAAACACAAUCACUUAACACUUUCGGCGUAGUUACAAACAAAGUUCUUAGGCCUUCUUAUUGAAGCUCGAUUGCUUGCUUGCUUGAUGCUUGAAGCUUGAUUGAAGUGAAGCAUUUGUUCUAUAAAAUACACUUUUUAAAGGAAAUUGCAAGAUGUAAAAAAGCUAAACGAUUUAAAUGUGCAUAAAAUAUCAUGCUGCGCACUUUGCGAAUAAGAUUUUUAAAUAAUUGGCGGUACAAAUGGUUUUCUUUAUUAGUUGUCUCAAUGCAAAAUAUUCGCAUUCGAGGAAAAAUAAAGUAGAUGUGCGAUUAUCUUAACGCCUUUCAAAUCGGAGCAAUUACACGAAAAUAUGAAAAUAAGUUCCGAUACAUCCAACAUUACUAUGUAAUUGACAUUAACUCGCUUCGGAGUACGUUUGCGUUUGUAAUUAGCAGGUCUAACCUGACCCGAUCUUUCAUUCAUAUCCGGCAAAGAAAAUCAACUCUUAUCAAAAGAAUAUGUAAUAUAUUCUUCGGUGCGCAUGAGAUACAUACUUACAAUUAGUACACGUAUUGCUCAUUCGACAUCCUUCGGGCACUGUACUACACCUCAAUUUAAAAUAUCACAUCUAGCGCAAAUUUGACAGCUCAAAAACAUAUUUCUUUUAAAUCCAACAAAUUUCGAAAUUAUGUACUUAAAAUAAUUAAACUCAUAAUUUGACUGAACUCUACGUGACGGAUUUUUAUUUAGAUUGUAAAUUACACCUUAAUGCGAUGAACUAAUAAAUUCUAAAAUGUACAAAAAAGUUAUUAUCCAUAAUGAUUACGAUACGCGACAUAAAUUAUUAUCUGUGAAGGGAAUACUUUCUGAAAAACCUACUUUAGAUGGAUCAUAAAUAUUUUCUUGCCGCCAGAUACAUUCAAGAUUCGCGAAAAAGUGUACAACUGUAAGCAGUGUUACGAAGCAUGAAACUUUGUCAAAGACUUAUUUCUCAAGCAUGACUUCGAUGCCUUGGAUAAGGUUCACCUUGCCCUGCUUGCACGUAAGAAACAGGUCCUAAUGAGGCUCAUCGUGAAUGGCUAGGCAGGUGAAGGAUACAUUCUUAAAUCGUGAAUUCAUUCAAUUUCUGCUGAUUACACUCGAUCGAUUAGCAUUCGCGAAGAAUUUCAGAAUUCAUUUUUAGAAGAAAUCGCAAGGUCGUCUCGUUCAACGGUAGCUUAAUAAGUUUCAUCAAUGACAGCAGACAUCUAUCAAUUAAUUCAUUAUAAGUACAGUUUAAUCGUAUCAGUAAAAAAUCACACAUUAAGAUUAAUUCGCACUUUUAUUACCACGAUACGUGAGAUAUGAUGUCCGGGACAAUGAGACGCGUAUACCAUUACAAAAUUUUUGCAUCACAGAUACCUCGAGUUAGACAUUUUUCUAUUUGCCAUAGGUGACUUUUUUUACCGCGGUUUUUAUUCACACGUCCACAGGCAUUGAUGGAAGAUAAGUUUCCACUGUUUUUUUAAUCUGCAAGAAAUAUCAUUCAAUACAUUGAAACAAAACACAAAAGUGCGGAGUGUCCAACUCGCCUACGUAAUUUGAUCUUUGACGUACAUUGCUGGUACGAAGAAUCGCCAUGUAAUGUACAUUUCUGAUGACAACAAUUCUUCGGUGUGAUAACCUCAUUGUCGUUAUGCCGCGUUACACAUAUGGAAAAAUGGGUUUUUUUUUAUUAAUGAACAUAUUUAUCAGUGCAGGUAUUUAGAGAAUUUGGUUUUAUCCUGGAAUAACCGACUUCGAAGUUUUCUCACUCGUUAAAAGAUUGGAAUUACCAUUUCGGUAUGGAAUUUUCAGUUUUACAAUGCCUAUGUUAAUACGGCUCCUUCAUUUCAUGACUUCCUAAUAUAUUCAAAUAAACACACUUUUUCACCAACUUGUAUAUCACUUUUGGUUUACUGAUUAAGGUAUUAGCCACUUCACAUCAAUUAUUAUAUUUGUAAGAACUAUAAAGUUAACUAUAGAGAAAUACAAUGAAUUGAAAAGUACAAUAAAUUUCGCUUGAAAACACCCAUUGUAGGAUCUUAUAUCCGUCGUAUUUAAACAAUUUGUACCUACAGAUUGAGCGGAAAUCACUUCUGAUUGGUGUCGAUUAUUCGAAUGAUUAGAAUUACAACAAUCUGCACACGACAUCCUCUACCACUGUUAGAAGUAAUACCCAUAAAUGCAAAGCUUCGUCGUGAAUCAUCCGCUUAAUUGUAAUUUAUGGCCAUGGGUGUUAUGUGCGAGCUUAGAAACCUGCCUACAUCUUCCUGUGAAGCUUCAAUUCAUUUCGAGAGAAAUUCUGAGCGAUAAAAAUUAAGCUAGAAUUUAGAAACGAAGCAUUCCAAUAAAAAAGUUCCUUUUAAUUAAUUCUUGACAAAAAUCUGAUUAGCCUUGUCGAAUACCAAUUCCGGCGGUAAAAUGCAGACACUUCUAUUAUUUUUUAUUUUUUUAAUCAUGAAACUGGAUUCUUUCAGAAUUUUCUUUAAUUGAGCAACUUGUUAACCUUUCCGCGCCCCAGCGUUGGAAAUAUCCGACGUUUGCGAAAGAAUUAAAGAUUUUACGUAAACUAUGAGCGUAUUAUUUCUUUUGGACAAAUGUUAAUCAAUCCUGUCAGUCGAUUACUUGUCACUAUUAAGUGCAUUUGCUGAACAAUCAAUAAAAGAUCAAAUCACUUAUAUUGCCUCAAUAAUCAGCACUUAAUAUUUAACCAGUUUCCGUAAUGAUCUUUAGAAUUAUUGAUAGGUGAAUCAGUAGCUAACUUGGAGAAUCUGCUGCCAAGGUUGCUUUUAAAUUCCUGUUAUAUAUUCUUUGUAUUGGCUUAUUUUUAGUCGGUCAUUCCACGUGUUAUUACACUUUUAGCUGCUAUCCUGGCGCAUAAAUAUUUUUGAAUAUCUCUAGUUCGAGUCACUGUUAUCUCUGAAAAGUAUAGAUUCAUCUGAUUGAGUUUUUCAUUAUUUUGCUACCAAGCCGGCACUUUACCUUUGAUUUGAUUUCUUUAUUGUUAUUACCUGCACUUGUUCGUUCAGAUAGGGAAUUAACAACUAAAAAAAAUUCUAGGUAAUUGUUUAUUCUUGUUAAUGACAUUGAUAAGACGCAAAUGACUGUUGGCACUUAGUAUUAAAUAGAGUUUCGAAGCCAACAUUUUACCUCCUAAUUACGAAGUCAAAAUCAGAGUUAAAUUCCGGUUUACUCAAAUCUGUCAACAUUGAAAAGUAAAAUGCUAGAUAUGAGCUUAAAGGUCUUGAGAUUUAAAAAAAAAAUUUGUUAAUUUGUUUGCGACAUUCUCUUUGAAAGUAGUUCAAUUUCGGUAUCAGACUUCUUACAAUUAGUUUUAAUGCGCAAUAGUAAGUGGUAUGGAGAGUACUUGUAAAUGUACUUUUAAACGGAUCUGGUAAAUGGUACGACUGGAAAUUAUGUAUUACAAUCAUCCACCACUCUCAGAGGUAUGAAGGCAAACAGGCAAAUUUAAUGAUACUGCGAAACCUGAUUAAGGACAACCGCGUCUACUUAAACGAAUAAAAAGUAAAUUCAUUUCGACGGAAAUACCGAUCGUUAGUAAUUCCCUUCCCCACAGUAAACAAUUCGCCGAAGAAUGAGACGUUACUCGUUAUUCAUCACAGAAGUAGGAAGGAGUUUAAUGGAAAAAAACAAAUGUUACAUUCUCUCGAAACAAGUAUACAAUUUUAGUAAUCCUGUACUUCUUCCGCAAAUUCUUCCUCUUUUUCCUUGAUUAUAAACUUCCUUCAUUAAAAACCUGUACUUUAACCUUGGGUUGUGGCCAAAAUUUGACAGAUGAACGAAAAACAGUUUUAUUAUUAUUAGACAAAUCUGUCAGCAACGGAAACGCGUAUACGAAAUGUGAGCAGAGUUAAGAAAAUGUAUCUUUAUCCCUUUGGAUUAAAUUGAUUGGAACCACGUUCAAAAGAAAGAGUCAAUUUUUUCACUAAUUCAAUUCUAUCGUUGACACGAUUGACACGAUAGUUUCGAAGAAUUAAAAAUGUGUUUCUGACUCUUGCCCCUGUCGUGUCACAAACUAUAAUUGAACAUCUUGAAAAAAUAUCCCGUUUCAUUAAAACGAUGAUACCUCACGUUGAAUAAAAAGUAUUAAAACAUACAUAUUUCGGCCUGGAGAUGAUGAAUUACAAGGACAGAUUUGCGGCUCAGUCUGCUUUUAUUUUUUAAGGAAAAUGAUUUGCAUUCGCUGAUCUUAAAUUACUCCGAGGAAAUUCCGACAAGUUUUAUGUAUUCGGUAUGACAACCCCUACUAAGUUAAGCAAGCGUCUCAAUGAACAGAAAAACAAUACGUGAUGCUAUAAAAGCUUCCAAAAUUAUCAUAUUCUGCGCAGCGAAAAUUCUCCCUAAACUCUCCCUAAACACGUCCAGUCAAUUUAAUCAAUUCAAGACGUUCUUCUGUUCCGCUUUGCUGCAUAGCAAUAGCAAUGUCCUCUGAUAAUUACCGGCACUUAUUGACAAGUACUUGUUUUCUUCUACUCCGUUUCAUAGUGUUUCUUGCAUACUUUCCAACCGGAUGAGAAUAACAAAAUACAAUGAAAAGUAGCUCCAAAAAUAACGCCAUUUGACACGUUCGACACUUCUGCUUGAAACUUGGCCACCCACUUUACAAAUUCCAGACGCCAUACGUCUUCCUGGACCGAAUUUCUUUUCUUUUCCACUUGGUCCACAUAUAUCCUCAAUAUACGGAUCCAAGGGUUCUCUGCCGACUUCCGUAAAAGUAUUUAACCGUACACGGACCUUGGCAGGAAACAGGUUCUGGAUACACAAACGUCUCUUAAUCGAAGUCUGCUACUUUCUGCAUUUCAACGAGAACAAUGUCGAGGACCGUAAAUUUGCAAUGAAAAGGCAUUUUCAUGCUAUCCGCCUAGUCAUCCUACGUUAACGGGUUCUACGAGAUUGACAUGGCCAACGGUGAACGGUCGGAAUCGUGAUGGUCCAGAUGAGAGAUAGCCAAAACCCGUAACAGUCAAAGACCAAGGAUGAUUGUACACUUUUUACAUUUCCCACCUGCGAUGCCUACAUUACGAACAAUGUAUAAUGGGGGGAAGUCAAGUUGCAAAAAACAAAAAUCGCAAAUAUCGCAGAACGGUCGGAAUCGUGAUGGUCCAGAUGAGAGCUCCCGUAACAGUCAAAGACCGUAAGACAAAACCCGUAACAGUCAAAGAUCAAGGAUGAUUAUACACUUUUUACAUUUCCCACCUGUGAUGCUUACGUCAUGAACAAUGUAUAAUAGCUGGAACUCAAGUUGCAAAAAACAAAAAUCGCAAUUAUCGCAGAACGAUCGGAAUGGUGAUGGACCAGGUGAGAGAUAGCCAAAACCCGUAACAAUCAAAGACCAAGGUUGAUUCUACACUUUUUACGUUUCCCAUCUGCGAUGCCUACGUCAUGAACAAUGUAUAAUGGUUGGAACCCAAGUUGCAAAAAACAAAAAUCGCAAUUAUCGCAGAACCUCUGAUACGACGGAACAUUAAUUGCUUUCGUCACAAGAGCAAGGACAGAAAUGAAUACCAAUCACUACAUAGUCGAUCCGUCGACUUGGAGCGCGAAAGAGGUAAAUUAGAGUUCGAUUAAGAGUUUCGAUCACGGUAGCUGGGAUGAACUGUAUGACUUCGAAGUCUCGAACUUCCAGGAAUAUAUAAUUCCAUCGUUAAUAACAUCCAGGAAAACUGUUGUUUUCGCCCCCGAUACAGAACUUCCUCGCAAUAUUUCGUUUCCGACGCUCCCCGAAGACGGAUUCAUGGUGGGGAGAAUUACAAACUCGAUGUGUCACCUUUGUGCACCGAUGUUGAAACCCUUGAAGAUAAAAACUGGACCUCGGAAUUUUUAAUCCCCAUCUUCUGGAAUAAUUUUCCGAGCGUGCAGUGCUUUUCUGCGACUCCGUUGCAUUUUAAUAUCUCAUUAAUAGUACAUUGUAUACCAAGGAGACCUUGCGAUACGAGUCCCCACUCAGGAUUUCUAGUAUUAAUGGUACCAGAUUCCAACCGGAGCGAAGCAGCGAUCCUAAGAGACCAGCCCAGAGGAUGCGACCAUCGGUGGUCGUCGACAUUAAGACCCAACCACCGCGACCACGGCCAAAUCGGUCGAUCGACCACACGUUGAUUAGCCCAAAACUAUAUGACGUCAGAUGAUAACCAACGUAUUCCCAGAAUCCCAGUUUCGACUUUGGGUUUCCACGGACCAUGGAAUCCCACCGUCCGCUCUUGUCGCGUGUUCGAGAUAGUCAUCCUCUGACGACACCCGGGGAAUCGCCACCGAAAGGACAGAAAUCUCAGCGUCGGCAAGAACGAUCGCUGCUUUUUUUAAGGAGAUUCCGCGAGUCGGGGAGCCGCGUUGCGCAUCUCGGCACGAGUGGGACGAUGGUCGCGGUUGACCAUUGGUCAGAGAUCCACAUGCGAGCGCCACUUCCACCUGGGCCAGGCGGCGAAGGUGGGGCCCUGGUCUCAGGGGAUAUUUUCCAAAGGCGGACAAUCAUUUCCAUCACUUUGGCACGGUAUCGCAUGCGGUUCGCACGGGGCUUGACCCACGACGGGCGAGGUUGACAUCGAUCGAGCGAGAACGAUCAAAGUGACAACCGAACAACCUGAGAGAAGUCGCGCCGCUUUGAGAGAAGCCACGCAUCCGAGUCAAGGCGAAUUUCUGCAAAGCCGGCAUUCUCGCCAGAGAUCGGUAAACGAGUCGUUCGGCGAGGUCCUGCGAGUUUUUCCAAGUGGAAAAAGAGCUCGGCUCGCGAGACGGCGUCUUUGGUCGCUAUCGUGGACUGAUACCGGCCCCAUGCUUCGGACAUGGAAGGAGGCUUGAUCGAUGUCGCGGUCGAUGUCUACGGCGCUUUUCUCGUUGCCGGUUGCCGUUUACUUUCGGUGCGAGUUUCCUUCCCAUUCGCGUAGUCGGUAGAAAACGCGAAAACUCAACGACGAGCACGCGAGACCCGAAAAAGUGCUGGCGAGCUUUUCUUUCGCGCGAGUCGUCGGACGUUGAGAGAGGUAGAAGGUGAAGUUCACUCGGCGAUCCGCGUCCUGAAGUGCAAGGACUUGAACUUUAUUUCAACGAUCAUUUUCUCUGGAAGCCCGUGAGAGGACUUCUUAGUGCAGUGCAAUCAUGAAGGAUGUUAUCAACAUUUGGAACCGACUCGUCGGACAGAGGUACGCCUCUGUGAGCACCGAACACAACCCCAACCCAAUUUCGUCGAACGAGGCCGAGAAUCAUGCCGCUUCCACCUGCGCGAAAAACUCAAGAAGAAAGUCAUCCGUAGUGGUCAAUCAAUUUUUUAAUGCUGCGCUGACUGUCAACACCGAUGGACGAUCCCGAUGUCGAUGGCCGAAGAGCAUUUUUAUCCUGAUGACCCUGGGUUUACUUGGUCUUGCAUCUGGUUGCUUCGUCCUCGUGUUUCAACCUUACGACCUGCUGUUCAAGCUCAAGGUUGUCUUCAGCGAAGGUGGCGAGAUCUUUGAACUGUGGCGAACUCCACCAGUUGAUCUCUACCUGAAAGUCUACCUCUUCAACAUUACCAAUCACAAGGAAUUCCUCGCUGGAGAGGAAGAGAAGCUGAAGUUUCAACAAGUCGGCCCCUACGUCUACAAGGAGCUGAUGGAACACUCGAACGUGACGUUCAACGACAACGGCACGGUGACGGCCAUUCCUAAACAUCCGUUGGUGUACGUACCUGAAAUGAGUGCUGGAGCUGAAGAAGAUUUACUCAUCCUACCGAAUAUCGCUGUCUUGAGUAUCGCGAAUGUCAUGCGAGAUGCAUCUAUUUUUACGACAUGGGGAUUGAAUAUGUUAAUAAGGCAGACUGACUCCCAACCAUUAGUCCAAAUGACAGCACGAGAGUUUAUGUUCGGUUACGAGUCAACCCUCGUUACAUUGGGCAACCACUUGAUGCCGGCAUGGAUUAAAUUUGAUAAACUUGGUCUAAUCGAUAGAAUGUACGAUUUUGAAGGCGAUUAUGAGACGGUUUACACCGGGGAAAACGACGUAAAAUUGACCGGAUUGAUUGAGAAAUACAACGGCGAUGUCAAUCUACCUCAGUGGACUGGAAAGUGUGCCAAUGUCAAAGGAGCUAGUGACGGUGCCAAAUUUUCAAGUUACAUCGAGCCCAACGAUACUUUACUAUUUUUCCGAAAAAGUCUUUGCCGUAGCGCUAAGAUGUACCGAACUGGCGAAAAAACCGUAAAGGGCCUUCACACUUAUCAAUACAAGUUUGUCGAGAACGAAUUAGACAAUGGAGCUUUCAACCCCGAGAACAAGUGCUUCUGCAGACAAGGCAGAUGCUUACCAGCUGGAUUAAUCGACGUCACGGAUUGUUACUACGGUUUCCCAAUUGCCUUGUCUUAUCCUCAUUUCUACAAAUCGGAUCCCUCGCUACUGGCAGCAGUGGAAGGUCUCGAGCCUCGUCCUAAUGAACACGAGUCGUACUUCUUUAUUCAACCGAAAUCUGGACUUCCGGUCGAUCUGGCUUUCCGUUUCCAAAUUAACAUGGCCUUCCAAAACAUCGAUCGGAUAGCUAGGGUGGAGCAGUUCUCCAACAUGGUUCUACCCCUACUGUGGUUCGAUAUUGGAAUGACUGAGCUGCCCACAAGCAUGAACAACCGAUUCCUGUUGUACCUAAAUGUACUACCGGUAGUACAAGAAGGUGCCACGUACUCGUUGUUCUUAGCUGGUGCCAUAUUCCUUGUAUGGAGCGUAGUAAAAAUUUUAUUGUAUAAGCCGAGCACUUCCAUCGCGACAGGCCGAUGGUACGAGGAAGAAAUGCAAAGAAAGAGGCUAAGUUUCCUCAACGACGGAAGGAAGUCCAUUAAAACGAAGGAAAUGGAUACGUACUACAGUUCCUUGCUAAACCCUCAAGAGGAACCUUUACCCGGUAUAACGAUGCAGAACUUCCAGUGCCUAGACGAAGAAAUCGUGUGACCAUGAGUACUCGACUUCAAGGAGAUAUUUGGCAGUAAUAUUUACUGCCAUUGCGAAGAAAAAUCAGGAGGCCAAAUUCCGACGUGUCUUUUCGCGAUACACGUCGAAAGGACCGGCGUGAAACGUGGACUCCGUCCCAAAGAUAUUAACGAGAAGGUGAUAUGCUUUGCGUUAAAGCGACACUUCUACGUCCAGGGUGAUCUCGGAUUGACACUAAGUAUGAUUAUGAACGAAGCCGCAAUCGGUCGCUCGUGAUACGUACAACCGAGCCCAGCCAAACGAAGUGUACCCUGAGAGACAUCAAUGCCCUCCCAUCCUGCACAGGCGAUGCCGUAUCUGCAGGGGAGGCAUUUAUGUCCGCCAU